UUUUCCUCUGCACUUAACCAACGUCUGCCAACUUUGCAGGAAAAUAUUGAUCAUCCAGUGUUAACGUAGGGUUUUGUGCCCAAAAUCAUGGUCAAUAUAUCGGGAUACACCUAUAAAUUAGUGUUGUAUGUUUAACGUUAUCCAUGCAGUUUCUGGUCUUAAAGGGAUCUUUUCACAGACGUUCUUGACCCUUUGUGAAAAAUCGAAAGCAAGAUGAGUCCUCUUAAACGAAACAGGAAGAAACUAGUUGUAUUAGUCUUCUUGGGAUUCUUAGUUUAUUCACUAUCGUUUUUGGAACGCAAAGACCAACGCCUAUCUGCACGGACACGACCAACAAAGACAGACGUAAGUGAAAACUCAACCAUUGAUAUGGUCAACGACUACUAUCCCUUCGUAGAUUUCAAACUCACAACUCCGAGAAUCUCGCCUACAGUUGGAGCGAUGAAAAAUGUUUUCAUGAUUGUGUUAGUGAUGUCCGGUGCAAAGGGAAACACGUUCAGAGAACGUCGCGAGGCCAUCCGACAAACCUGGGGAAACCAAAGUGACUGCGAACAACGGAAAGCGUCGCAAGAUGAAAGAUUAAAACACUUAAGAUGGCUACUCGUAUUUGUUGUUGGAAAAGCAGGAACCGGAACGAACGACGAUAUAUUGAAUAUCGCUGAAGCUCGACAACACAACGAUAUGUUGAUUGGAAAUAUCACAGACAACUACAUCAAUCUUAUUCUUAAAGUAUACAUGGGUCUGCUUUGGGCGAGCAAAUUUGAUGUAAAAUAUACAUUGAAAGCAGACGAUGAUGUUUACGCGCGCAUACCGCGCCUGUUGGAGUAUUUUGUGAACGCGAAAUUUCCAAGACCAUUUUACGGAGGCCUGAUCUACCCUCGUAGCAAAGUGCAUCGUAAAAUUGGAGUAAAAUGGACAAUAAGUUAUAAAUAUUAUGGUGAAACAAACUUUCCACGCUUCAGUCGUGGGCCAUUCUACAUUUUAUCCAGCGACGUUUUCGAGAAAUUGUUCAACUAUGUUUACGUUAGAAAACCCUUCCACCUUGAGGAUGUAUAUCACUAUAUGUCGCUUUAGCGAUGCAUGAUUUUAACAUCAAGGCAACUAACAUUAAUUCGUUCCACUUGUCACCGACAAUGCGUAGAUACGUACUGCAAAGAAAUAUACAAAUAUGUAAAAUGCUGAGUUGGAUUGGAUUCGGUCAUUUCAUGGAUCCAAAGGCGAUUAAAAAACUUCAUCUGCUUUUACAGUCGCAUGUGUGUAAGAAAAUUACAUUGGAUAUUGACUAUCAUCGUUGCAACAAGACUGGAUGAGGUCUUUAAUGUUAGGAAAUUACCACUGGAUGAGGUCUUUUAACUUUUACACUAACUUUUAAACAGGUGGAUUAUCCUUGGCACGUUCCACUUGGCAAAAAAUGACAUUUUAUCCCCAGGUUGUUUUCCUAAAUGCCAGGGCCGGUUGUAUCAAGCCCGUUUAGCUUAAACGGUGGUUAAGUUCAAAAUACAAAGCGAAUCUAUCGUUUUAUUCAAGAAGCAAACUAAAUGUCUUUAACCUUAAUACAAAGAUUCUGUUUACAACUGCAUAUUUAGUGCACAAUAUUCAAGUUUACUCAUUCAAGAAGGCCUGUUUCAAACGUCGCAUUUUGCAUGUGCCGAAUACAAUUGCUUGAAUUAUCUGCAUGCGAGAUGCGACGUAUGAAACAAUUGAAUCAGGGCUACCUUAAAGCU